CCCCUUCUAUUUAUGCAGCCAUAGUGAUAUUAAGUGCUGUAUCCUUUGUCCUCACAGUACAUUUGUACCCUUAGUGCCUAAAAUAGUCCUUGUAACUCGUUCAAAGGUAUACUUAUUCCUGCGAUGAAGUACGACUCUGAAGUCGACGUGUUGAUUGUUGGCUCUGGUGCUGCGGGCCUCACUGCUGCCCUCCGGGCGCGCUUCCUAGGUCUCAAACCUCUCGUCGUCGAAAAGACCAGUCAUCUAGGAGGGACGUCGGCAUAUUCGGGCGGUUGUCUCUGGAUCCCCCAGAAUUUCGCAAGUAUAGCUGCUGGCAUAUCGGACAGCCCAGCUGAUGCGCUAGGCUACAUGAACGCGGUGGUGGGUGAUGUUGGCGCUGCGUCCUCCCCAGCGCGUAAACUAGCAUAUCUGCAGCAGGGACCUCAGAUGGUUAAUUUUUUGCAUCAAUUGGGAUUCAACUGGGUCGUUAGUAAGGGAUGUCCAGACUACUAUCCUAGCGCCCCUGGUGCCAUGCACUCCUGGGGGCGGACAAUGGAGCCUGCAGUAUUUGAUCUGGAGAAGCUAGGGGCAUGGAAACAAUACAUGCGUGUCAAGCCAAGAGCUAUCCCACCCUUGUUUGCCUAUGAAUCCUUUAGCUUGACCAAGGCUGGAUCAUCCAUUGGAGAUACGGCAACAGGGCUUUUGGUAGUGAGCCGUGGAUGGUGGAAAAAGACACUCGGCGAGCAGCCUGUCACAAUGGGUCAAUCGCUGGUCGGUCAGCUACUGUAUUUGAACUUGGGACUUGGUAACAAGAUGUGGCGAGAAACUUCUCUGGUUGGAUUGAUCCAAGCGAAUGAUGGAUCCGUUCUCGGUGCUCAAGUGCAACAAGGAGACAAGCUUUGUAACAUUCGGGCAAGAAAAGGCGUGUUGUUAUGCGCGGGAGGCUAUGCGCGUAACAAGCAGAUGCGACAAACACAUGGUCCGAGUCCGAGCAGCAUUGAGUGGACAAAUGUGGCCGAAGGCGAUACUGGAGACGCCAUUGUUGCUGGCGUCAAAGCCGGAGCGGCGACUACGUUGAUGGACAACGCAUGGUGGGGGCCGGCUAUUAAGGAUCCGAAUACAGGAACCUAUAUCUUUGCAUUGCAAGAGCGAUCACGCCCUCACUCGAUUAUCGUAGACCAGACAGGCUCGCGAUUCAUGAAUGAAGCAGCACCCUAUGUUGAAGCUGGCAAUAACCAAUAUCGCCGGAAUCAGGUUGCCAAGUCUAUUCCGGCUUGGCUAAUUAUCGAUUCAAAUCAUCGAAAGCGAUAUUUCCUGGGUUCGUUAAUGCCACGACAAGAGCCGAAAAUCGGGCUGGAGGCUGGCCAUAUUCAUAAAGCAGAUUCACUGGACGAGUUGGCUGUGAAACUCAGCUUGCCGCCCCCUGCACUGCAGGAGACUGUCACGAGGUUUAACAGCAUGGCUCAAAAAGGGACAGACUUGGAUUUUCAUCGCGGUGAAUCUCUCUUUGAGAGAUAUUUUGGUGAUGUCAAAGUCUCCCCUAAUCCAAGCCUUGGUGGGCUCACUACUCCUCCAUACUAUGCAGUCACUCUAGUUCCUGGUGAUCUGGGGACGAUUGGUGGUCUACAAACGGAUGAAGAUGGACGUGUUCUGCGUAAAGAUGCAUCAGUUAUUUCUGGGCUCUACGCUGCAGGUAAUACUGCUGCGAGUGUAAUGGGCAGAUCCUAUAUUGCUACUGGAGCGACGCUUGGCCCUGCCCUUACAUUCGCCUUUGUAGCCGUGAAUCAUAUGGCUCAACGUAGUAUCUCCACCGAUUGAAGAAAUCUUUUAUGCAAUAAUUUGAAUUUUGUUUCACUCG